AUGGUCGACAUCCUCCCUCUCUGUUCAUACCCGUCCUACAUCUCUCUGCUACCGGCAGUGCAGACCUGCAACAUCACCAACCUCCCUGAAAACUAUUUUCUGAAAUACUAUCUCUACCAUGCCCUCUCAUGGCCGCAGCUGAGCUUCGUCGCUGUUGUCCGGGACCGUUCCAGCAAGUCGAAAGACCCUUACUCGCCCGCCGCCAACCCCAAAGUCGUCGGAUAUGUCCUCGCUAAGAUGGAGGAGGAACCGUCUGAUGGGCUGCCCCAUGGCCAUAUUACAAGUUUAAGUGUCAUGAGAACGCAUAGGCGGCUGGGAAUCGCUGAGCGGCUGAUGCGAAUGAGCCAACGAGCAAUGGCAGAGUCCCAUAAGGCACACUACGUUUCACUCCAUGUCCGUGUCUCUAACACGGCUGCCCUACGUCUCUACCGUGACACACUCGGGUUUGAAGUUGAGAAAAUCGAGCCUAAAUACUACGCAGACGGAGAGAAUGCAUAUGCUAUGAAGAUGGACCUGACCAACUUAUGGAUCAAGGAUAAUGAGGGAUUCACGGUUGGCCUCGAUGGCAAGUCAAUCAAGAAUACGGAAGAAGAUGUAGAUGAAGGGGAUGAGGUUGGUGAUGUGGGCAAGGCUAGUGACGAUACUGGCAAGGAGGAGAAAAAGAUCAGAGUCAAAGUCGGCAGAAGCUUGGGAGUAGGAGACCUCGUGGAGCGAAAUGAGAGUCGAGCGCAGGCGUGA